AUGUCAGGAGAUCCAUCCACUCGAAACCAGUCCAAAUGGUGUUCCUAUCAUUGGGACAAAGGCCAUAGGAUAGAAGACUGCAGAGAGUUCAAACAACACUUGGAAGAAUUGGUGCGACAAGGGCAUCUUAAGGAAUUCAUUGACAAAAAGAUUACCGCUGCUGAAAAGAAGGCGGAGCCCCAGCCAAAGGAGCAGGGAGAACCUUCGCACUACGUGGUUAGUUUUAUUGAUGCAAUGGUGCCAGAUGCACAACUUAGCGAUGAGAUAAGGCGGAUAGAGUAUAGGAGGGCCCGACACCAACAAGAGGUAAUACGGAUGGAUUUUAAUCCCAAGUUGGGAACCAAGAGGCCAAGGGAGGCAACUGCAAUCACUUUCACAAAGGAAGAUGCAACAUGA